CCACAAUUAUAAGCGACUUUUAUCCGGUCCAUUGAACCAGUUACUUCCUAGACUUCCCUUCUCUCCUCCCAUCCUCUUCUCUCCUUUCCUCCUCUCCAAGCACCAACCACCUUCUUUUGUGUUUCUUUUGGAUACCCAUACAGCCUUCUUGUUACUCUCGAGCUACCGUAUUGGUUGGUACCUCUAAAGAUCAGUAGAAAGCUGAGCACAAAGAAGAAGAAGAAGAGAGAAAGGAGGGAACUUAAUCUCAGAGGAAAUAAGUGUUGAAGGAGGAGAUAUGAAGAUCCAAUGUGAUGCCUGUGAGAAGGCGCCGGCGACCGUAAUAUGCUGCGCCGACGAGGCAGCACUCUGUGCAAGCUGCGACAUAGAGAUCCAUGCGGCGAACAAGCUUGCGAGCAAGCACCAGAGGCUCCUCCUCCAGUGCCUCUCCAACAAGCUCCCUCGCUGCGACAUCUGCCAAGAGAAGGCAGCUUUUAUUUUCUGCGUAGAGGAUAGAGCCCUAUUCUGCCGGGAGUGCGAUGAGCCUAUCCAUGUUGCUGGUACCCUCUCCGGCGAUCAUCAGCGCUAUCUAGCUACCGGCAUCCGUGUUGCCCCGAGUUCAGUGUGCAAGAAGGACACCAAGAAGGGUCAGUCUGAGGCAUCAAACAACAGCCCAAUACACCUUGCUCCAAAGGUUCCAGCAACACAAGCUGCCUCAUCAGCAUUCGCACCCUCAGCAGCAUGGGCUGUCGAUGAGUUCCUCCAGCUGUCGGACUAUGAAUCCGGUGACAAGGGCGUGCCUCCUAUCGGGUUCGGAGAGUUGGAAUGGUUUGCCGACAUCGGUGUUUUCAAUGACCAGAUGCCCAAGGGAACCUUGACAGCAGCCGAAGUCCCUGAGCUUCCAACCUCGCAGGCAAGCAAUGCAGCGUUCUACAGAUCGAACAAAGAUAGUAACAUUUCCCACAAGAAGCCAAGAAUUGAACUCUCUGAUGAUGAGGAGUAUUUCACUGUCCCUGAUCUUGGAUAAACUGAAGCCUGCCAAUCUCUGUAUUGGUACAUUUGUGAUCUCCAGAGAGAGAUGCACAUCUGUGCGCCUAUCUACAUUUCUACAGAAAUGCAGAUAGAUAUAUUGACAGAUUAAUCUUGGCAGACAGUAUUACCUUUGAUGUUAGAUGUUUGGGUAGAAAAAAGUUUUUUGAGUGCGGCGAUAUUACUGAUAUCUUCAGUGCCGUUAUGGUUAAGAUUGGCUUGUAUUAAUACUGAAUUUGCUUUCCUAAUGUGUUUACUGUAACUUCACACGUCAUUGUUUAAAGAAUGGCAUUGGGUUUGUGAGAUUUUGGGAUA